AUGUCCGGCGUGGUGCGCACCCUGAGCCGCUGCCUGCUGCCGGCCGAGGCCGCGGGCCGCGCCGGGGAGCAGCCGCGGAGGGACGGCAAGGAGCGGAGCCGCGAUGCCGAGCGGGAGGCGCGGCGGCGCAGCCGGGAGAUCGACGCGAUGCUGGCCCGGGAGCGGCGCGCCGUGCGCCGCCUCGUCAAGAUCCUGCUGCUGGGCGCCGGCGAGAGCGGCAAGUCCACCUUCCUCAAGCAGAUGCGGAUCAUCCACGGCCGCGAGUUCGACCAGAAGGCGCUGCUGGAGUUCCGGGCCACCAUCUACGAGAACAUCCUCAAGGGCUGCAGGGUUCUGGUUGACGCACGGGACAAGCUGGGGAUCCCUUGGCAGUACACAGAGAAUGAGAAGCAUGGGAUGUUCCUGAUGGCCUUUGAGAACAAAGCUGGGAUGCCCAUCGAGCCUGCCACCUUCCAGCUCUACGUCCCUGCCCUGGCUGCUCUCUGGAGGGAUUCAGGAAUCAAGGAAGCCUUCAGCCGCCGCAGCGAGUACCAGCUGGGUGAAUCAGUGAAAUACUUCCUGGAUAACCUGGAUCGGAUCGGUCAGCUGAACUAUUUCCCCAGCAAACAAGAUAUUUUGCUGGCCAGAAAAGCCACCAAGGGGAUAGUAGAGCAUGAUUUCAUCAUUAAAAAAAUUCCUUUCAAGAUGGUGGAUGUAGGGGGACAGAGAUCUCAGCGUCAAAAAUGGUUCCAGUGCUUUGAUGGAAUAACUUCAAUUUUGUUCAUGGUCUCCUCCAGCGAAUACGACCAGGUCCUCAUGGAAGACAGGCGCACAAACAGACUCGUGGAGUCCAUGAAUAUCUUUGAGACAAUAGUCAACAACAAGCUUUUCUUUAACGUUUCCAUUAUCCUAUUCCUCAACAAGAUGGACCUUCUCGUGGAGAAGGUCAAGACUGUCAGCAUUAAGAAGUAUUUCUCGGACUUCAAGGGCGACCCUCACCGCCUGGAGGACGUGCAGCGUUACCUGGUGCAGUGCUUCGACAGGAAGAGGCGGAACCGCAGCAAGCCCCUGUUCCACCACUUCACCACGGCCAUCGACACGGAGAACAUCCGCUUCGUGUUCCACGCCGUCAAGGACACCAUCCUGCAGGAGAACCUCAAGGACAUCAUGCUGCAGUGAAGGAGGGCAGCCCCUGCUCUGUUGGAAUUUCGCUGGAGGGUUCCAUCGAAGUUUUUGAUCCUUUCUUUGCGG